AUGGUGAGUUUGGAGGUCUCCACUAUCAUCUCUCCGAGAAAGUCAUCCCCAACAACCUCCAAACAAUCAAAUGAAAUGUCCCUUGUUCAAUAUUCUGACUCAGAGUCUGAACCAGAGACUACACCAACUCACCCAGUCACAAAGCCCCUAAACAGAACCCAGCCAUCGCUGCCGCCUCUCCCUGCAGCGUUUCACGACCUCUAUGCAUCAACCACACGCGUGAGCGUGCAAGAUGACCCUAGUCUACAUGGUGGCCGAAAGCGCGCCAUCCCCCAUGUUGAAGGGAACUGGCCAACACACCUUUACCUUGAAUGGUACCCGACAAAAGAAGAGUUGUCGCUUCUGGCGAACUUGAUCACUCAGUCUGGGAAUACACCGACUGAAAGCGCGUACGACGUGCAUAGUCUGUUGCAUAGCGACCUUGGUGCCCAACUACCACUUCAUAUCAGCCUGUCUCGGCCGGUGGUACUUCGCACCGAGCAGCGUGCUUCAUUCAUUGACCAGCUGCAAACUUCUAUUAAGGAAUCGCAUAUCCCCCCAUUCAAAAUACAGCCCCAAACCCUCUACUGGGCGUCAAAUUACGAAAAGACACGCUGGUUCCUUGUCCUCGGUGUCCAGCGGCCACAAGGAGAUCAUUUGAAUCGUCUUCUCAGAUUGUCGAAUGAUACUCUGGGUCACUUUGGUCAACCGCCGCUCUAUGCAGUGUCCCACGCUCAUGGGCGUCAGGACCAAGCAUCAUCUAAUAAUGCGGCUGAUGAUGUUCGCUCCGGGGAUUUCUCUGGGUGCUUUCACAUCUCUCUCGCUUGGACUUUGUCAGAGCCUAGCUCGAAAAACCAUGAUCAAAUCGCCGGCAUUGAUUUGCGGGCUUUGAGGGAUAUUCAGAUCGGGUUCGACAGCCUGAAGGCAAAAAUCGGCAAUAAUGUCACGAGCAUACCAUUGGACAGCUGCUUGAAAUGA